ACGGGGCUCAGGUGUAGGGGUGCAGAGCGGGAGGGGCACAGACACUGGGCGGGGCCACGGGCUCGGGGCGGGGCUAAGGACAGGGGACAGGGACAGGGAACAUGGGGCUCAGAGGGAUGCUGAGGCCAGAGGCAGGGGUGGGAGGUGAUGCCAGCUGAAGCCCUGGGCAGGCUGAGAGGUUUGGUCCCAGCCCAGGUGAGGGAGCUGGGGUGCACUGGGGGACUGAUAGCUUCGGGAGAGGAAGGCUCAGCUCCAAGAGCACCAGGGCGGGGCUUGCAAAGGGGCCAACAGGGAAGAUGGGGUGAACUCCCCCCAAACCUUUGGGAGAAGCUGGAAUUGAGGGGGCCUGGGGCCUGGGGAAGCUCAGAGGCUGGAUGUGAAAAGAAGCUGACUGGGCUGCGCUGGGAGGAGGGAGUGCGGAGCUGUAUCCAGAGAGCGGGCAGUGAAAAGAUGUGAAGGAUACUGGGCGGGGAUGGCAGACCCGAGCGGGGUGGGGGCUGGGCACCAGGUCGAUGGCCGCCAGCCCGUUCCCGCUCACCCCCGCGCUUCCAGGGACCCACCCCAUCCCGCUUCAGCCGAGGAAAGCGCAGCCCCCAAGCCUUCGCUGGCCAUACACCGCAGUGAUCAGCCCCCAGGACCCCACACUCCUCAUCGGCUCCUCCCUUCAGGCCACGUGCUCAGUGCACGGGGACACGUCGGGGGCCACAGCUGAGAGUCUCUAUUGGACACUCAACGGGCGCCGGCUGCCCCCUGAGCUCUCCCGGGUGCUCAACGCCUCCACCCUGGCCCUGGCCCUGGCCAACCUCAACGGGUCCAAACAGCAGUCGGGUGACAACCUGGUGUGCCAUGCGCGUGAUGGCAGCAUCCUGGCCGGCUCCUGCCUCUACGUGGGCCUGCCCCCUGAGAAGCCUUUUAACAUCAGCUGCUGGUCCAAAAACAUGAAGGAGCUGACAUGCCGCUGGACACCUGGGGCAGGGGGAGAGAGUUUUCUGCGCACCAACUACUCCCUCAAGUACAAGCUGAGGUGGUACGGACAGGACAACACGUGUGAGGAAUACCACACAGUGGGCCCCCACUCCUGCCGCGUGCCCAAGGACCUCGCCCUGUUCACGCCUUAUGAGAUUUGGGUGGAGGCCGCCAACCGCCUGGGCUCGGCCCGCUCGGAUGUGCUCACACUGGACAUCCUGGACGUGGUGACCACUGACCCUCCACCCGAGGUACAUGUGAGCCGCGUGGGGGGCCUGGAGGACCAGCUUAGCGUCCGCUGGGUGUCACCACCUGCCCUCAAGGACUUCCUCUUCCAAGCCAAGUACCAGAUCCGCUACCGCGUGGAGGACAGUGUGGACUGGAAGGUGGUGGACGAUGUGAGCAACCAGACCUCGUGCCGCCUGGCUGGCCUGAAGCCGGGCACCGUCUACUUCGUGCAGGUGCGCUGUAACCCCUUCGGAAUCUACGGCUCCAAGAAGGCUGGCAUCUGGAGCGAGUGGAGUCACCCCACAGCCGCCUCCACUCCCCGCAGCGAACGGCCGGGCCCGGGCGGCGGGGCCUGCGAGCCGCGGGGCGCCGAGCCGAGCUCGGGGCCAGUGCGGCGCGAGCUCAAGCAGUUCGUGGGCUGGCUCAAGAAGCACGCGUACUGCUCGAACCUCAGCUUCCGCCUCUACGACCAGUGGCGGGCCUGGAUGCAGAAGUCGCAUAAGACCCGCAACCAGCACAGGACGAGGGGAUCCUGCCCUCGAGCAGACGGGGCACGGCGAGAGGUUCUGCCUGAUAAACUCUAGAGACCUGGACCACCCUGCAUCCUGUCGCGAGGCCCGGGGACCUCCUCCAGAUCUACACCCCACACCUUCCGGCGGAGCUGUGGCCGCUGUGUGCAGUGGGGUGUAGUGGGGAGAGCUGAGCUACCCAGAACCGCUGUUAGGGCUGGGGGUGGGCACGAGUGCCGGGAUCCACCCCCUAUGCCAGGCCCCUCCAAAAGUCUUACUAUUUUUUUUUUUUAAUAAAAAGCUUUUAGGUGCCCCGCUUCUGCAGGUGAGUUUGAAACCAAGGCGUCUCCAGGAGCGGCUGCAGGUUUCGGGGCAUGAGGACCUUUGUACCCCUUUACCUCCCAGAAUUCCAGGUGCUUUCUGUGCAGAUUUGGA